AUGCUGCAGUACUUCCGUCUGGUGGAGGGGUGCAUCCCUCUCAUCCGAGCCUACGAGCGCCGCCACGCCUUCACCUUCGACUGGCUGCUGCGCACGCGAGUCGACACCUUCUGGCACUGCCCCCUGCCGCCGCUCGCCGCCUUCCCCCUGCACGCCUACACCAUCCCCUUCGGCUCCGACUGCUUCGGUCUCAAUGACCGCUUUGGCCUCGGCACGUGGGGGACAGCCCUACCUGCGCUCUCCCGCCUCUCCAUGCUGUCCGCCAUCGCUGCGGGCGGCAAGUUUCGGCGGUUUUCCAUGCAGGGCGUGGGCGGGCUGGGGCAGGAGGCGAGCAACCCACAAGCCAUCCCCGUGGAGGUACCAACCGGGCUGAACUCAGAGCAGGCGUUCAAGGCGCAGCUGGCGCUGGCGGGGGUACCGGUGGCGCGGGCGGACCUGUCCUUCUGUGUGGUGAGCCGGCGCGUGUACCGCCACCACGCCAUGCCCGUGCUGUCGCUCAAUGCUUCCACGCCCCUCAACGGUGCCAAGUGCCGCCCCUGCUACCCCAAGAUGGAAGGCGCCCAGGCCAAUCUGCGCAUCCGCCGGUGGUACCUGGAGGGCUCACGCUUCGGCCCCCACCACUCGCCGGCAUUCAUCAACCGCACCGCCUUUGCGCUGUGCGAUGCCGCCAAGCCGUGGCCUGCCCCUCACCUGGCGGCGGCCCUGUUUGAUGCCGCUGCGGGGCCGCGCCUGGCGAGGGAGCGGCGGUCCAUCAUGCACGUCACCCUGCAGGGGUGCGCAAAGAACUUCAGGAAGUCACCGCACCGCAUGGGUUUUCUUGUCUGCGUGCGCCUCUGCUCCGCGUGGCCUGCAUGCCCAGUGCCGCCUCUCAUCCGCCUCUCUCUCCUCUCCGAUUGGCCCCCCCAGCUGCGGCGGCACGCGGAGGAGUGGCAGGCGCCAGCAGAGGCGGUGCUGUGCUUCCGGUCGCAGUUGGGGGAGGUGCACCUGCUGGGGCCGCCCGGCCAGUGCUUCUACACCGCGCUGCAAGGGGUCAACCGCACCAGGUGCGUGUCACUCACACGCUCCCUGCUCGCUGCAUUCACACGCUCCCUGCUCGCUGCACUCACACGCUCCCUGCUCGCUGCAUUCACACGCUCCCUGCUCGCUGCAUUCACACGCUCCCUGCUCGCUGCAUUCACACACACGCUGCUCGCUGCAUUCACACGCUCCCUGCUCACUGCAUUCACAUGCUCCCUGCUCGCUGCACUCACACGCUCCCCACCACCGCAUGCUGCCCUCACAGUCGCCAACAGCCACUCGCAACCACUGUGGUGCUCGUCACUCGUUCCCGCCUGUCUUUCUCGCCAUGUGCCCGCCAGCGUGGUGAUGACAACCACUCCAAGAGCCGCGCAUGCCAAGGGCUCGUGGGAGUGGAGCAUGCGGCGCCACUCACCUGGCCUGCACGUCACCGCACUCCCCGCUGGCCCCGCACAUGCGUCCUCCCCCACCGCCCACACACUCAAGCUCUCACUCACAGGCGCCGACCUGCCACUCAUCUUCGACUGGCACAAGCAAAACGCCUCACUGCCCACCUGCCAGCUGCUGCUUGCCUUCCCAGACGCAGUGCCCCCACCCGACCGCAAUGCAACCAUCACUGCGCUGCACCAGCUGGGCUUCCAUCUCAUGGCCUGCAUUCAGGAACCACGUGUAACGGUAGAGAGGUGCUCCUUCUUCUCUCUGAAAUACUGCUCGCAGCUCUUAGGUAUCGGGCCAAAGGCAAGGGUUGUAAGACAGUGA